AUGUCGGUCGAUCAAAAAUCAGCCAUCAUCUCUGUCUAUGACAAGACGGGCUUGCUUGACCUUGCCAAAGGCCUGAUCAAGCAAAAUGUGCGCCUCUUGGCUUCUGGGGGAACUGCCAAGAUGAUCAGAGACUCGGGGUUUUCUGUAGAAGACAUAUCGGCCAUUACACACGCACCCGAAAUGCUGGCAGGCCGAGUCAAGACCCUCCACCCUGCAGUCCAUGCCGGCAUCCUCGCUCGCGACCUCGCGUCCGACGAAAAAGACCUGGCAGAGCAGAAUAUCAACAAGGUGGACUACGUCAUCUGCAACCUCUACCCGUUCAAGGAUACCGUUGCGAAGAUCAAUGUUACAAUUCCAGAAGCAGUGGAGGAAAUCGAUGUUGGAGGAGUUACGUUGAUUCGAGCUGCAGCAAAGAACCAUGGCAGGGUCACAAUCUUGACCGACCCCAAGGACUACCCUGAGUUCUUACAAGAGAUUGAGAAGGGAGAGGUUACGGAAGGCGCACGAAAUCUCUACGCCUUGAAGGCUUUUGAGCAUACCGCAGACUAUGACGCGUCCAUUUCUGAUUUCUUCCGAAAGCAUUACGCGGGAAAUGGUAUUCAGCAGAUGGCUCUUCGAUAUGGCGCCAACCCCCACCAGAAGCCCGCCGCAGCUUUCACGAAGAUGAGUCCUCUUCCAUACAAGAUCCUUUGCGGAUCUCCUGGUUACAUUAACCUUCUCGAUGCUCUCAAUGCGUGGCCCUUGGUCAAAGAAUUGAAGGCCGCCCUCGGACAUCCUGCCGCCGCAAGCUUCAAGCAUGUCUCCCCUGCCGGAGCUGCUAUUGGCGUUCCUCUUACUGCCGAUGAGAGAAAAGUCUACAUGGUCGAUGACAUCGAAGGCCUCGAAAACUCCCCACUCGCACAAGCAUAUGCUCGUGCUCGUGGUGCUGAUCGUAUGAGCAGCUUCGGUGACAUGAUUGCUUUGAGCGACAUCGUCGAUGUGCCCACUGCCAAGAUAAUUUCUAGAGAGGUUUCAGAUGGUGUUAUUGCUGCUGGCUACGAAGAUGCUGCUCUCGAGAUCUUGCAGAAGAAGAAGGGUGGUAAGUACCUGGUUCUUCAAAUGGACCCUGAGUACGAUCCGGCUCCCCAGGAGUCGAGAACCGUCUAUGGUAUCACUUUGACCCAACACCGUAACGAUAUCAAGAUAUCGCCCAAGUCUUUCGCCUCUAUCAUCACACCUAAGGAAUCGGGCCCACUAGCAGAUUCUGCUCUCCGUGACUUGACCGUUGCUACCAUUGCUCUCAAGUACACCCAAAGCAACUCAGUCUGUUACGCUCUCAACGGCCAAAUAAUUGGUCUCGGUGCUGGACAGCAGUCGCGUAUCCACUGCACCCGUCUUGCCGGUGAUAAGGCCGACAACUGGUGGUUGAGGUUCAACCCAAGAGUCCUGGGCAUCAAGUGGAAGAAGGGCACCAAGCGACCAGAUAAGAGCAAUGCCAUCGAUCUUCUCGUCAGUGGUCAGCUCCCCACGGACGGUCCCGAAAGGGAGGGAUAUGAGGCCUUCUUUGAUGAGGUUCCAGCAGCAUUUACGGAGCAAGAGCGCUCAGAAUGGCUUGGCAAGCUCAGCGAGGUUGCGGUCUCCAGUGAUGCUUUCUUCCCCUUCAUCGACAACGUUUACCGUGCUGGACGAUCGGGUGUUAAGUACAUUGCUGCUCCGAGUGGGAGCCAGAAUGACUCGGCUGUCUUUCAGACUGCUGAGAAACUCGGUAUCACUUUCGUUGAGCAGAGCAUCCGCCUGUUCCACCAUUAG